AUGACUGAUGGGUCUGUGUUAUCUCUUGCAGUUUUCAGUGAAGAGCCCCACUCCAGCCUCUACUUUGUCAAUGCAUCGCUGCAAGAGGUAGUCUUUGCAAGCACGUCGGGGACGCUGGUGCCCUGCCCGGCUGCAGGCAUCCCUCCUGUGACUCUCAGAUGGUACCUAGCAACGGGUGAGGAGAUCUACGAUGUCCCCGGGAUCCGCCACGUCCAUCCCAACGGCACUCUCCAAAUUUUCCCCUUCCCUCCUUCAAGCUUCAGCACCUUAAUCCAUGAUAAUACUUACUAUUGCACAGCUGAAAACCCUUCAGGGAAAAUUAGAAGUCAGGAUGUCCACAUCAAGGCUGUUUUACGGGAGCCCUAUACAGUCCGUGUGGAGGACCAGAAAACCAUGAGAGGCAAUGUCGCGGUGUUCAAGUGCAUUAUCCCCUCCUCGGUGGAGGCGUACGUCACUGUCGUCUCAUGGGAGAAAGACACGGUCUCACUUGUCUCAGGAUCUAGAUUUCUCAUCACAUCCACGGGAGCCUUGUAUAUUAAAGAUGUACAGAACGAAGACGGCCUGUACAACUACCGCUGUAUCACGCGGCACAGAUACACCGGGGAGACAAGACAAAGUAACAGCGCGAGACUGUUCGUAUCAGACCCAGCGAACUCAGCCCCAUCCAUCCUGGAUGGGUUUGACCACCGCAAAGCCAUGGCGGGGCAGCGUGUGGAGCUACCCUGCAAAGCGCUUGGGCACCCCGAGCCGGACUACCGCUGGCUGAAGGACAACAUGCCCCUGGAACUUUCUGGGAGAUUCCAGAAGACAGUGACGGGGCUGCUCAUCGAGAACAGCCGCCCCUCGGACUCAGGCAGCUACGUGUGUGAAGUAUCCAACCGAUACGGCACUGCCAAGGUGAUAGGCCGCCUGUACGUGAAACAGCCACUGAAAGCCACCAUCAGUCCCAGGAAGGUUAAAAGCAGCGUGGGCAGCCAGGUCUCCUUGUCCUGCAGCGUGACGGGAAAUGAGGACCAGGAACUCUCCUGGUACCGAAACGGUGAAAUCCUCAAUCCUGGGAAAAACGUGAGGAUCACAGGGCUGAACCACGCAAACCUUAUAAUGGAUCACAUGGUCAAGAGUGACGGGGGUGCCUACCAGUGCUUUGUGCGCAACGAUAAGCUGUCUGCUCAAGACUAUGUCCAGGUGGUUCUUGAAGAUGGAACUCCCAAAAUCAUUUCUGCCUUUAGCGAGAAAGUGGUGAGCCCUGCAGAGCCAGUGUCCCUCGUGUGCAAUGUGAAGGGAACGCCCUUGCCCACGGUCACCUGGACCCUGGACGAUGACCCCAUCCUCAAGGGCAGCGGCCACCGCAUCAGCCAAAUGAUCACAUCUGAGGGGAACGUGGUCAGCUACUUGAACAUCUCCAGCUCCCAGGUCCGGGACGGGGGCGUCUACCGCUGCACCGCCAACAACUCGGCCGGAGUCGUCCUGUACCAGGCUCGAAUAAACGUAAGAGGGCCUGCAAGCAUCAGACCAAUGAAAAACAUCACUGCAAUAGCAGGGCGGGACACCUACAUCCACUGCCGCGUCAUUGGCUACCCAUAUUACUCCAUCAAGUGGUACAAGAACGCUAAUCUGCUUCCUUUCAACCACCGCCAGGUGGCAUUUGAGAACAAUGGGACUCUGAAACUCUCAGACGUACAGAAAGAAGUGGACGAGGGGGAGUACACCUGUAAUGUGCUGGUACAGCCGCAGCUCUCCACGAGCCAGAGUGUCCACGUGACCGUGAAAGUUCCACCUUUCAUCCAACCUUUUGAGUUCCCAAGAUUCUCCAUUGGGCAGAGGGUCUUCAUCCCAUGUGUGGUGGUCUCGGGGGACUUACCCAUCACCAUCACCUGGCAGAAGGACGGACGGCCGAUCCCGGCAAGCCUCGGGGUGACCAUUGACAACAUCGACUUCACCAGCUCCCUGAGGAUCUCCAAUCUCUCCCUGAUGCACAAUGGGAAUUACACCUGCAUCGCCCGGAACGAGGCGGCGGCCGUGGAACACCAGAGUCAGCUGAUUGUGAGAGUUCCUCCCAAGUUUGUGGUGCAACCCCGGGACCAGGAUGGGAUCUAUGGCAAAGCAGUGAUUCUCAAUUGCUCUGCAGAAGGUUAUCCUGUGCCUACAAUUGUGUGGAAGUUCUCAAAAGGUGCUGGGGUCCCCCAGUUCCAGCCAAUUGCCCUGAAUGGCAGAAUCCAGGUCCUGAGUAAUGGCUCACUCUUGAUCAAGCACGUUGUGGAGGAAGACAGUGGCUACUACCUCUGCAAGGUCAGCAACGAUGUGGGCGCGGACGUCAGCAAGUCCAUGUACCUCACAGUGAAAAUUCCUGCUAUGAUAACCUCUUAUCCCAACACUACCCUGGCCACUCAGGGUCAAAAGAAGGAGAUGAGCUGCACAGCACAUGGCGAGAAACCCAUCAUUGUCCGCUGGGAGAAAGAGGACAGGAUCAUUAACCCUGAAAUGGCCCGUUACCUGGUGUCCACCAAGGAGGUGGGAGAGGAAGUGAUCUCUACUCUGCAGAUUCUGCCAACAGUGAGAGAAGAUUCUGGUUUCUUCUCCUGCCAUGCUAUCAAUUCUUAUGGGGAGGACCGUGGAAUAAUUCAACUCACAGUGCAAGAACCCCCAGACCCUCCCGAGAUUGAGAUCAAAGACGUCAAAGCACGCACAAUCACGCUCAGGUGGACCAUGGGGUUUGACGGCAACAGCCCCAUCACAGGCUAUGACAUCGAAUGCAAAAAUAAAUCAGACUCCUGGGAUUCUGCUCAAAGAACCAAAGAUGUUUCCCCUCAGCUGAACUCGGCCACCAUCAUUGAUAUCCACCCUUCCUCCACCUACAGCAUCCGCAUGUACGCCAAGAACCGGAUUGGCAAGAGUGAGCCCAGCAACGAGAUCACCAUCACGGCGGAUGAGGCAGCUCCUGAUGGUCCACCUCAGGAAGUUCACCUGGAGCCCACAUCAUCUCAGAGCAUCCGGGUUACCUGGAAGGCUCCCAAGAAACAUUUACAAAAUGGGAUCAUACGCGGCUACCAAAUAGGCUACCGGGAGUACAGCACAGGAGGCAACUUCCAGUUCAACAUUAUCAGUAUUGACACCACCGGGGACAGCGAAGUGUAUACCCUGGACAACCUGAACAAGUUCACCCAGUACGGCCUGGUGGUGCAGGCCUGCAACCGGGCUGGCACAGGACCUUCUUCUCAGGAGAUCAUCGCUACCACCCUGGAGGAUGUGCCCAGUUACCCUCCCGAAAAUGUCCAAGCCAUAGCAACAUCGCCAGAGAGCAUAUCAAUCUCCUGGUCCACGUUGUCCAAGGAGGCCUUGAAUGGGAUUCUCCAGGGGUUCAGGGUCAUCUACUGGGCCAACCUUAUGGACGGAGAGCUGGGCGAGAUUAAGAAUGUCACCACCACUCAGCCUUCCUUGGAGCUGGACGGAUUGGAGAAGUACACCAACUACAGUAUCCAGGUGCUGGCCUUCACCCGUGCAGGGGAUGGCGUCCGAAGCGAGCAGAUCUUCACCCGCACCAAAGAGGAUGUUCCAGGUCCUCCUGCUGGCGUCAAGGCGGCGGCGGCCUCAGCCUCCAUGGUCUUCGUGUCCUGGCUGCCGCCGCUCAAGCUGAACGGCAUCAUCCGGAAGUACACCGUAUUCUGCUCCCACCCCUACCCCACAGUCAUCAGCGAGUUUGAAGCCUCCCCUGACUCGUUUUCCUACAGAAUCCCUAACCUGAGUCGGAAUCGACAGUACAGUGUCUGGGUGGUGGCGGUGACGUCAGCUGGAAGAGGCAACAGCAGUGAGAUCAUCACUGUCGAGCCCCUGGCUAAAGCUCCUGCACGGAUCCUCACCUUCAGUGGGACAGUAACUACGCCAUGGAUGAAGGACAUCGUCUUGCCCUGUAAAGCUGUUGGAGACCCCUCACCUGCAGUAAAAUGGAUGAAAGACAGUAACGGGACACCCAGCCUGGUGACGAUUGACGGCCGUAGGAGCAUCUUCAGCAACGGAAGCUUCAUCAUUCGCACGGUGAAGGCAGAGGACUCGGGCUAUUACAGCUGUGUCGCCAAUAACAACUGGGGAUCAGAUGAGAUCAUUCUAAAUUUGCAAGUUCAAGUUCCACCAGAUCAGCCUCGGCUCACUGUAUCCAAAACGACGUCUUCCUCCAUCACCCUCUCCUGGCUCCCUGGGGACAAUGGGGGUAGCUCCAUCAGAGGCUACAUCCUUCAGUAUUCCGAGGACAACAGCGAGCAGUGGGGUAGCUUUCCCAUCAGCCCCAGCGAGCGUUCCUACCGCCUGGAAAACCUCAAGUGUGGGACGUGGUAUAAGUUCACUCUUACUGCCCAAAAUGGAGUGGGACCAGGCCGCAUAAGCGAGAUCAUUGAAGCAAAAACUCUUGGCAAAGAGCCCCAGUUCUCCAAGGAGCAAGAGCUCUUCGCCAGUAUCAACACCACCCGGGUGAGGCUGAAUCUGAUUGGCUGGAACGACGGGGGCUGCCCCAUCACCUCCUUCACUCUGGAGUACAGACCCUUCGGGACCACAGUCUGGACCACGGCUCAGAGGACCUCUCUUUCCAAGUCCUACAUCCUGUACGACCUGCAAGAGGCCACGUGGUACCAGCUGCAGAUGCGGGUGUGCAACAGCGCCGGCUGCGCGGAGAAGCAAGCCAACUUCGCCACGCUGAACUACGAUGGCAGUACAGUCCCUCCACUCAUUAAGUCAGUUGUCCAAAGCGAAGAAGGGCUGACCACCAACGAAGGGCUCAAGAUCCUAGUGACCAUCUCCUGCAUCCUGAUCGGCGUCCUGCUGCUCUUCGUGUUGCUGCUGGUGGUGCGGCGGAGACGGCGGGAGCAGAGGCUGAAGCGGCUGAGAGAUGCAAAGAGCUUAGCUGAAAUGCUCAUGAGUAAGAACACGCGGACUUCAGAUACCUUAAGCAAGCAGCAACAGACACUGAGAAUGCACAUCGAUAUACCCAGGGCUCAGCUUUUGAUUGAAGAGAGAGAUACAAUGGAGACCAUAGAUGACCGCUCCACAGUCCUGUUGACGGAUGCUGACUUCGGAGAGGCAGCGAAACAGAAGUCACUGACAGUAACUCACACGGUGCAUUAUCAAUCAGUAUCUCAGGCCACCGGGCCCCUAGUGGAUGUUUCCGAUGCUCGGCCAGGAACGAAUCCCACCACCAGGAGGAACGCUAAAGCUGGACCCACAGCAAGAAACCGGUAUGCCAGCCAGUGGACGCUCAACAGACCCCACCCUACCAUCUCAGCACACACCCUCACCACGGACUGGAGACUGCCCACGCCCAGGGCUACAGGAUCCGUGGAUAAGGAGAGUGACAGCUACAGUGUCAGCCCCUCACAAGACACAGACCGAGCCAGGAGCAGCAUGGUCUCCACAGAAAGUGCCUCCUCUACCUACGAAGAACUGGCCAGGGCCUAUGAACAUGCCAAGAUGGAAGAACAGCUGAGGCAUGCCAAGUUCACCAUCACAGAGUGUUUCAUUUCCGACACGUCCUCCGAGCAGUUGACGGCAGGGACAAACGAGUACACGGACAGUCUGACCUCCAGUACCCCUUCCGAAUCGGGGAUCUGCAGAUUCACUGCGUCUCCCCCGAAACCUCAGGAUGGAGGCCGAGUGAUGAACAUGGCAGUUCCAAAGGCCCAUCGGCCAGGUGACCUCAUACACCUGCCUCCAUACCUUCGAAUGGACUUCUUGUUAAACCGGGGGGCACCAGGCACCAGCAGGGACCUGAGUUUAGGACAAGCGUGCUUGGAACCUCAGAAAAGUCGGACCCUGAAGCGCCCCACGGUCCUUGAGCCCACCCCUAUGGAGGCUUCCUCCUCCACCUCUUCCACAAGAGAAGGACAGCAGUCAUGGCAACAAGGAGCUGUGGCCACCUUACCUCAGCGAGAGGGUGCAGAGCUGGGACAGGCAGCUAAAAUGAGCAGCUCCCAAGAGUCACUGCUGGACUCUCGAGGCCAUUUAAAAGGAAACAAUCCCUACGCAAAAUCUUACACCCUGGUAUAA